ACGAAGGUGCGUUCACUCGAGUCUCCAUCCGAUCGUUCGAGUGCGUGAUGGGCCUUCAAGCUUCACAGCAGGACUCCAGAUGGAUCACAAGGAAGCAUUGCAGAGCAUCAGACCGAAAAAGAAGACAGGAACUCUUCGGCUUCUCACCAGCGAACUGAUGUUUGGAAGCAAAGCUUCAGCAGUGGCUGUGGGAGCAAGUUCUUCUUUGGACUCAUAAUUGCAUCACAAUACGCUGUUUCAAACCGAAGAAGAAUCGAUAAGCAGUCCAUGUCCAUUGGAAUCCUGAAGGAAAGUGGCGACCAAGCGUUGAAAGACAGGCUCUUGCCUCAUAAUCGUGCCCUUUGCAAUCCGCGCUGCCAUCAGAUAGUUUGAAAGCACGCCGUCGCCAUGACUCGUCUAUGUAUACGAAACCUCGGUCUCUGUUGGGUCUGCCUGACUUGGUUGGAUCGAAGCAAUGCUUUCGCACCGGCCUUCGUGGCAACGGGGCGCUUUUUAUCGGUGCCUUCGCCUGCUGCAGCACUGGAACAAGAGACCACAAGAAUACGACUGCCUGGAAGGGUUGCCAUGGUUGGAUCUGUCUAUGAUUCUGCGGCUGUGGUGGGUGGCUUCGGAGUAGAGGAAGAGGCACAUCAUCCUCCUGGAAAGGAUCCUUUGGAACCGGCAUUUUCGCCAUGGGAAGUCUGGUGUCUCGUUCGCAUCGAGCAAUGGUACAGUCAGGCCUUGAGCCACAAGUGUCCUUUUCUGCGUAGAAGAGCCACAGACUUUGUUGAAACUCUGGAGAUGCUCGUAAGGGACGUAGUAAUCCGAGAAACCAACAUUCCCUUGGUGGGGCCUCCGGUCAGUUGCCGGGGCGAUGAAAAGACUCGGCACAAGACAAAAGGACUCUCAAUGGAGGAGUUGGCCAGUGUUAUUCGUCAUGAUUGGAGAGAAGAUACAAACAAGGGAUACUACAUUACUGGUCGCUUGACACCGCAAAUAUAUCGUGAUGACUGCUUGUUUGAUGGACCUGACCCGGACAUGCCCGUGCGGGGAUUGCGCAAGUUCCUCAAUGCUGCCUCGCAGCUGUUUGACCUAAAACAGAGUCAAUGCGAGUUACAGUCGCUGCAAGUGCAAGGAGACGCUAUUGUGGCCAAGUGGACCAUGAAUGGUACCCUCAGGCUCCCAUGGAGACCGAAAAUGCCCCGAGUCAGAGGUGUCACUACCUACCAUUUGGAUGCGGAUGGACUCAUCAAACUUCACGAAGAAACCUGGGAUUUGACUGCGGCUCAAGCAUUCUUGAAGACUGCAUGGUUUGACUUUAGCAACAUGGAAGCUCACUCGCACUAUGGCGAUGAAGUGCUAGAGAGGACCUAGACACAUCAUCAUGAUCCGCCAUAACAUCCCGGACAACAAGAAGCUUAAUAAGCAAGGGACCUGCGGGUGACACAUACAUUGAGCCAAGCCAACUGGGAAGUCGAGAGGACCAGCGCCUGGAACCAACGUGUGGAGACGGAAACAAACUGCAAAAUGAAAAGAGAGCAACUGUCCCUGUGCCACAUCGAGCCAAGCCAACUAUUGGGAAAGUGGAGAGGACCAGCGCCUGGAACCAAAGUGCGGAGACUGAGACAAACUGCAAAAUUAAAGAGAGCAUUUGUCUCUGUGCCACCGGUACAUGUACCAUCGGUAAGAAGGGAGGGGCGACUUGGUAUGAUCUGGAAUGGCCAGACCAGGUAGUUGCAAGGACAAUUGGUUGCUUGCUAGUAGGCUUUGCAAGCCGAAGAAGAGGAAAUGGUUACUGGAGUCGAUACGAGUACAGCUCAUUGCCAAAUAUCAGGGGCAACAAUCGACGUACAUUACAGAGUGUAUCGAUGCCAGUAACAAUCCUUUCAUAUAUAAUACAGCAUAGAGUAGACUAUAGAUUAGAAGUUUUACAUGUAUGACACCAGCCUGCAAAGCGCACAAUUUC